CUAACCACCGCGCCCAUGUUGGCAAAGAGACGCGGUAUAAAAUGCUUGCGGCCGUGUGCGGAGCAUCAGUACCACUGGAAUUACAGAACUGAAAUGAGCAUGAAGGUCUUCAUUCUUCUGGGUAUGGUAGCCUUUGCUGCUUCGAGCAGCUUUGAGUCCUAUGAAUACCGACCACCAAGGCGUUCGUCUGAGGAGUCCUACGAGUCCGGCGAGGCCAAGUACAACUUCAACUGGGCCGUGAGUGAUGACUCCUCAAGCAACGAGUUCGGACACCAGGAAGCCCGUGACGGCGACCACACCCAGGGGUCGUACUACGUGCAGCUUCCCGACGGCCGCCUUCAGACCGUCAAGUACUUCGUGGACGGCGACUCCGGCUACGUGGCUGAAGUCAGCUAUGAGGGUGACGUCUCCUACGAAUCUGCUUCCUUUGAAUCGCGAGAAUACAGGCCUCGUUAUUUCUAUGACUCCAACGAAUCAAAAUAAAUACCUCUUCAUGAGCUUGUAUAACAGUUGAUUAUUAUAUUCUUCAGAUAUUAUUUAUUUAUACUAAUAAAGUAAGUAUACAAAU